AUGGCAGCAUUUAAAGCUCCCCCACUCUCGGCCUUUUUCCGUAAGGAAGAGGACAAUUUAGUCACGCAAGGACUCACGGAUGUACACGGUGUAGCCAUGUUUCAUUCGCUAUACGAUGUUGGCGAUCUCAUUGGUCGUGGCGCUUUUUCACUCGUGUAUCUCUGUCGGAGAAAAGAGACUCAGCAGAUUUUUGCUGUCAAGGUCAUUAAUAAGGCACUUUGUGUCAAGAAGAAGACGCUACGGGAUGAGAUUACAGUGUUACUUCGUGUGAAACACGCCAAUAUCAUUAGUCUUGAAGAAGUUUAUGAGAGUGACAAGGAACUACUUCUUGUGAUGGAGAGAGUUACGGGAGGUGAGCUGUUUGAUCGCAUUGUACGGGUGGGUGUGUACUCGGAGCGCCAGGCGGCAGAGAUUGUCACAAAUGUCUUGGACGCACUCAACUACCUGCACUCGUGCAACAUUUUACAUCGUGACAUUAAGCCAGAGAACAUUCUUCUUGCCAGUGGUGACAGUGGUGACAUUAAGCUCAGUGACUUUGGCAUUGCCAAAAUCUUGGAAGAUGAAGAUGACGGUGCUCGUUCUCGUGGUCGCGCAUACACAAGUUGCGGGACGGACUACUAUGUUGCACCUGAGGUUCUAAACGGAGAAGGCUACGACAGUAAAGUGGAUCUGUGGAGCCUUGGUGUUGUUUUGUACAUCAUGCAAGUGACCGUGUUGUGCGGGUUUCCUCCAUUCGCGGAAGAUGAAAAUGGCUUGGAGUCUGUGUACCUUAAGAUCCGCUCUGGCGCAUUGGAUUUCCCUCACCCAUACUGGACAAAUGUAUCGGAUGGAGCCAAGGAUUUGAUCCGCAACCUGCUUGACGUGUCACCGCAGGAUCGCUUCAGCGCAGCGCAGGCGCUAAGUCACCCUUGGAUAAAGGGCGAGUACAGCGAGCAGCCGCUUUCGUCGGCUAUUAUGGAGAUGAAGCGUUUCAACCAGAAGCGUCGUUUCAACUAA